AUGCAAUUGCAUCAUUCUGAUCCUCUGAAAUCAGUCACUGGAUUCCCAAGUAUGCAUGAAAUCGACGAACAUAUCUGUAUUGGGGAUUAUACAAGCGCCGAGGAUUACCAAACCCUCAAGCAACAUAGGAUCACUCAUAUAGUGGAGCUUUUUGCCGUCCCGACUCCAACGGAAUUUCGAGCGGCUUUUACAUAUUGUACAACUAUAGUCCCUAGAGGCAAAAAUUAUUCAAUUUUGCCUGCAAUGCAGGAAUCUUUGAGGUUUAUCCAUAAAGUUGUAUCAAAAGGAGAAAAGGUGCUUGUCCAUUGUAAAUUUGGAAGGAAUCGGAGUGUGUCUAUUGUAAUUGCGUAUUACAUGGCUGCAAAAGGUUGGAAUUAUAGAGAGGCAUUAGAUUUCAUACUGAAAAAGAGAGAUUGUGUGAGGCCAAAAGUCUUUUUAAAGCAGCAAAUUGAAUCAGUUCAUGAAGAAUUGCCAAGCUAUAUAGAAUUUGAUAAAGAAUAA